UGCCGCCACCGGCCACCUCGUGCCUCCCGCCUCCUCCUAGCCCAAACCAGCUAGACCAGCUCUCCCAGUGCCAGAAGGCAGCCCCCCCAGGUCCUGCUCGCUAAGCCCCGGCUACCCCCACCGGGCACCUUUCAGCCCAGCAGGUGGAGGGCACUGAACUUGGAGAGACCCCCAAGUGGGGUUCUGGGCAGAGAUGGCCCUACAGAGCCAGCUGUGGUCUCUGGCCACGCUCAUGCCCAUGGCCGAGAGCUCCCUCUACAGGCAGCGACUGGAGGUCAUCGCCGAGAAGCGGCGCCUGCAGGAGGAGAUCCGGGCUGCGCGCCGCGAGCUGGAAGAAGAAAAACUCCGCGUGGAGCGGCUCAAGAGACAGUCUCUCCGUAACCACUGGCUUAUGGAUGGCGCCCCUGCCGAAGGGCCCGAGGACCCCGCUUCCCAGGACCCCCAGUCGCCAGCGGGCCAGGCUCAGGCCCGCAUCCAGACCCUGGAAGACAGCUUGUUCACACUCCAGUCGGAGCUGCAGCUGCUGCAAAGUGCGUCCACCGGUGCUCAGCACAAGCCCUCAGGCAGGCCCACCUGGCGCCGGCAGGAUCACCGACCUCUCUCCCAGCCCCCCAUGGACACAGGCCUUGCAGGCCAAGCUGUCGUGGACAGGAGAGCUUCGCUGCCCGGGGGACCCCUGGCCGUGUCCCCAGACGCUCCGGCCUCCUUGGAGCCCAGGGAGGAUGCUGCCGGGGUCCCGGAAGCCAACGGCCCCUGCCGGAGCCCCAGCCUGGAGGCACCUGCCAAGGGCACUGGAGUUGAGCCCAAUGGGGAAGGUGUGGUGAGGGUGGUGUGGGAGGGGCUGAGGGCCACGGAGGACAGUGCCACGGGGGCCACGGGCCCGGAGCUGGAGGCGAAGGUGGAGCAGGUGGUGCUGGAAGCCAUGGCCGACCGGCCGGGGCCCUGCAGCCCGGAGCUGCCGGCCUGGGCGCGGGCGGACCGGGGCGCGGUGGAGGUGGUGUGGGAGGGCGUGGGCGGCAGCGACCCCGAGGCCUCCCUGCGGCUCCAGGAAGGAGUGGAGGGGGCAGGGGCCCCCAGGGGCAGCAGCGCAGAGGGUGAGGGGCACCGGGACUCCACGGGCGAGGAGGGGUCCUUCAUCUGGGUGGAGCGAGUAACGCUGAGCGAGGAGUGGGAGGAGCUGCAGGUCGAGGGGCUGGAGGGGCCCGCGGGCGCAGGCGCCCACAGGGAAGGCGGGGAAGACUCUUGGGCGGUGGAGAGGCGGCGGGCGGAGCGGGAAGGCAGCCGGGACAGGCCGGGGACCGAGGGGACCGGAGUGGAGGGACUACUGGAGCCACGCAGGUCAGGAAGCGGGGAGCAGCUGCAGGGGGAGGAGCCACUGGGGGCGGGGAGGAGUGGAGGGGAGAAGACCCAAGGGGCUGAGGUGGAUCUGAAUCCUGACCAGAGAGGUGCCAGGGCAGGAAGCAAGGCCCAGGCAGAGGAGGUGAGAGAGGCCGGGGCCCCCCUCCAGGGCGAGGAGGAGCCAGGCCAGCAGCCGCAGGAGAGGCAGGAGAGCUCCCUGGAGGAGGAGGAGGCCGCCAAGCCGCUGCCAAGCGCUGCUGAGGGCCCGGCCUCUGCGGGGGACCCCACGGCCCUCCUGACAGAGACCCCAGCCCCCGAGCAGCCCGCCGAGCGCCAGCCACUGCUUCCCCGGGAAGGGCCCAGCACCCGCCCUGUGCCCACCUACGCACCUGCCAGGCAGCCCGAGCCACCUGCCCGCCGUGAGGGUGAGGGAGCGAGCGGCCCGAAGCAGAAGACUUGCCAGUGCUGCUCCGUGAUGUGAGCCCGCACCCCUGCACCCGCGCCAGCUCCUCUCACAGCUACCUCGGCCUCUUGGCAUCCGGCAGAGGGGCCCCGGGCACAGACAAGGGCGCCACGGGACGGGCCGGCACGUCCACCCACACCUGGGCUUCCAGACCCCUCGCCCACUGCCUGUGACCCUGGUCCCGUCUGUGACGAAACCUUUAUACUUGA